GGAAGCCGAGAGCGGGGGUGGGUGGGACAGCUGGUUGCCAUGGGUUCGCUUCCGGCGCUGCCAGGCGGAAGUGGCUGGAAUUCUGGUGCUGGCAGGCGUUUGCUGCUGUUGCUCUUGGAGCAUGGUGGCUGAGGCUGACAAAACAGGAGGUGCUGCAUUCUGCCUCCUUCCGGGAGAUCACACUUGGACAGUUUAAAUCCAGCAGAGAGCAUAAUGCCUUCUUUAGACUGCGUUUGAUAAAAACUCCUACGCUUAAAAGAAAACUGCGUGUGAGAACACCAACUGUGGAGAACAAAUGCAUACUGAUGGCAAAGAGGUACUGGGGCAUUAUUAAAGAACAGGAUACCCCCCCCCCCAAGUGUGAUGGGAGAUUCUGCAGGAGGUGUACAUUAUUUUGACAUCAGAAGACCAGACUGCCACUUCUUGAGUCAGUAGAGGGGACUACAAAACAACUCUUUUUUUUCUUCUGCAUUCCAGCUAAAGGGAUUUGUACAAGCAGUUGAAGAAGCAACAAGACCUUUUCUGAGAUCCUCUUGCACUGAUUUUUCAAAGUGGAGUCUUUGAAGGGGGAGGGGGGUGCCAAAAGACCCCCCCUCCCCCAAGAGAGAAGAACUUUAGGGUGGCCACCCUGCAUCUGUGUGAAGAUGCCACCUGUCAGGUGCGUGGUGGCAGUGUGAUACCCAUAAGAGGGGAGAGCCCAAGAAGACAGCGUGGAGGCCUGCGCCUGUGAAGGAUGCUGAAGAAAAGCAGUCUGGUUCUCUGGGGCGUGGUGCUUUUUGUGGCUUGGAAUGCCCUGAUCCUGUUCUUCUUGUGGACCCGGCCUCAGUCUCUCUCAGACCACAGCCAUCUCACCGAGGAAGUAAUCCGUCUGGCUCAGGACGCUGAAUCAGAGCUAGAACGCCAGAAGGACCUUUUGCAGCAAAUCUACCGCUACAGUGCCCUCUGGAGCAGGCGGAAGGCUAGUGAGGCCAGGCUUCACCCACCGGUUGCUGCAUCAGCCCAACCUUCUACAGCCGCUCCUUUGUCCCGUCACUCUCAAAUCUCUCCAGAUGCUGUAUUGCCGGUGCUGGUAAUCGCCUGUGACCGCAGCACAGUCCGCCGUUGCCUCGACAAGCUGCUGCAUUACCGUCCCUCGCAGGAGCGGUUCCCCAUCAUUGUGAGCCAGGACUGUGGGCACGACGAGACAGCCAGGGUCAUCGCCUCCUAUGGAGAUGCUAUCAUGCACAUCAAGCAGCCCAACCUGAGUGACAUCCCUGUGCCCACCGAUCACCGGAAGUUCCAGGGCUACUACAAGAUUGCCCGGCACUAUCACUGGGCCCUGAGCCAGGUCUUUCGGACCUUCCAGUACCAAGCAGCCAUUGUGGUGGAAGAUGACCUGGAAGUGGCCCCAGACUUCUUUGAAUACUUCCAGGCAGCUUUUCCUCUCCUGCUGGCUGACCCAACCCUUUGGUGUGUGUCUGCCUGGAAUGAUAAUGGCAAGGAACAGAUGGUCGAUGCUGCCCAUCCGGAACUUCUCUACCGUACCGAUUUUUUCCCCGGCUUGGGCUGGCUUCUGCUGUCUGACUUGUGGAACGAGCUGGAGCCCAAGUGGCCCAAGGCCUUCUGGGAUGAUUGGAUGCGGCAGCCUGAACAACGGCAGGGCCGUUCGUGCAUCAGGCCUGAAGUGUCGCGCACCAUGACUUUUGGCCGCAAGGGUGUGAGCCACGGUCAGUUCUUUGACCAGCACCUGAAGUUUAUCAAGCUCAAUGACCACUUCGUGCCUUUCACCCAGAUGGACCUUUCUUACCUCAAGAAGGAUGAGUACGACCACUCAUUCCUGGACCAAGUUUACGGCGCCCCUGAACUGCGGGUGGAAGAGCUGCAGGGUAACCGGCGCCGGGAGUUGGGCACCGUCCGAGUGCAGUAUACCACUCGUGACUCCUUUAAAGCCUUUGCAAAGGCUUUGGGUGUCAUGGACGACCUCAAGUCGGGAGUGCCUCGCGCCGGCUACCGGGGCAUUGUCAGCUUCCUUUACCAAAGCCGGCGUGUUUACUUAGCACCCCCUUCUGACUGGACAGGCUAUGACCCCAGCUGGAGUUAGCAGCUGAUGAUCUUGAAGCAUGUUGGACUCUAGAGGGGGAGGGGGGUGCUUGAGGUGGGGAGGGAUGGGAGGGAAAACUCUGUAUUUUUUUUUCCUGUGUGGCAUUCGAGUGCAUUCCAGAGAUGAGGCUUGUUUUUGUGCACUUAAAAUACCAGAUAGGGCGGGAUGGGUGGUUAAGAGAUAUUCUGAUGCCCCACCUGAGGGGGCAAGGUGGAGCAUUCUGAGUGUUCUCGGUUUUUCUCUCCAGUGCCUAUCCUCCUUUUUUAAUUUUUAUUUUGAUGUGGCGGUCUGUUUACUUGUUGGAUCCUUGGUGGCUUCUCUGAGUUGGUGAUUUGAGGUCAAAGCCAACACUGAACCAAAGCAUCAACCUGAUGAGGUUUUCCCCAGCAUCAUUAGAGCUAUUGCAGGCCCAAGCAAGUUGCAACUCAGCAAACCGAAUGCAGCCCCAUCAACUUUGGGUAGCCAAGGUCAUCUUCUGCGUUUGCAGUUCCAGGCACAUGAAGGCGGAAGGCCGAGUGAUUGUCUGCCGUACUCGGCUGACAACACUGCUCACUGGGUCACAGUUGGUCCAGACCUGAUCUGUAGAGAGGAAGCAAGGGCCUCUUCCUCACCUCUUGGCUACCCAGUUAGUUCUCAUCUUAAACGCAGGUUUUGAAGGCAGGAAGCUCCUUUUGAUGAUCUUUAAGCCCCUUUUGAAAGAUCAUCCGUAUUGACUGUAUUAGCCUCUUUUGCAAUUGAAUUACUACUUUAAUCAUCUUGGGUGGGACAGUGGGGAAGAGGAGGGCACUGAUAAAAGCCAAGGGAGUGUCAUUCAGUAAAUCUAGAGUGGUGAGCCAUGUUGACCGCUCCCACCUGGAGGUUAAAGUAGACUGGGGCAAGGAGAGCUUCAUGCUGAGGCCUGUUCGCUUUAGUCGAAAUGGUUCACUUUGAAAGAGGAAGCUGCUUUUCCUACAGCUCUCUCUUCAUUCUCUUUUCUGGUUCUGAGGUGUGCACAGUCAUCACUUGACACUCCGCGCUUCUCAAAGGAACGUCCAGUCAGCUGGCCAGACAAACAGAACCUUCCUGGGUUGUAGCAUUUCAUAUGGCAGGUCUGGAAAUUAAAUGUCUUUUGAAAGCCCCUCAGCAUGAAUGUGUGUGUGGAACCAGCAUGUUUGGUGAGAGGGCUGUGAAUUAGCUCCACCAUCCGGCAUGCUAGGGGUGUGUGUUUGUGUGAAAUGUUAUACAUGGAAGAGUAUUCAAAUUUAGGCUCCCCCCCACCAUCUGCAGUCUGAAUUGCUACAGUGGAAGAUGGACUAUAUCCUGUGGGAUUUCUGGUUGUCUGUCCGCUCUGAGUAUCUUCUGUAGCCACAUUAUAGAAAAGCUGUGUAGUGAUCAGAGAGGCUGACUCACUAUGGUUCCAAUAGGUGGUAAGCAUGGAGAUGUGUCCCGCCCCCCGCAAGGCUGCCUUAAUUCUGUUUGAUGGGGGGGGGGGGGCAGUGUUCUUUCCUAAAUGAAUCCCAUUGUAAGGACAGUGCUCUUUCCUCAACAAACCAGAUUGCAUCGCUUGCCCCUCGGUGGCAUUUCCUUGAAACUAGUUUUUGGAGCUGCCGCGUUAGAACUAGUCACCGCCACAUCAGUCGGAGGAAUCGGGAGAGAAUUCCGGGGGCCUCAGAAGGGGCUCUCCAGUGUGGGGGGUCCAGCCUUAGUCAGUGGUGUGGAAUCCCCCUUCUCCAUCCGAGCCUUGAGGAGGAGGUGCUGUUAAGCUGCUGCAGAGCCACUUGAAGAUGUGGGUGUGGGGAUGGGGCUUCAGACUUCAUUUGGCCAAAAUUCAGACCACACCAAAGGGCAAUAUUUUGUUUGGAUGCUGUAUUGCUUUUGUCUCUUCUUUUUCUUU